AUGUCGAAAGCAUAUGAUAGAAUGGAGUGGAAUUUUUUGGAAAGAAUGUUGGUGGUGCUGGGGUUUAGUGACAAGUGGGUCCGGCUGAUAAUGCUGUGUGUGACAACGGUAGCAAGUUCAAUACAUGGAUGUAGAGUGGCCAGAGGGGCACCUCCGGUAUCCCAUUUAUUUUUUGCCGAUGACAGCCUGCUUUUCUUCAAAGCGAAUAUUCGGGAAGCUAAUGUGGUCAAACAAUGUUUGGUGAGGUACGAGAAGCUAUCUGGGCAGGUGGUGAAUUAUAACAAGUCAAGUAUAUGCUUUAGCCGAAAUACCCAGCACAUGGCCAGAACGCAGGUGGCUGACUGCCAUGAGGUUGUGCAGGCGGAUAAUUUUAGAAAAUACUUGGGCCUCCCAUCAUUUGUGGGCAGAAAUAAGAGAGCUGUUUUUUCCUAUGUGGAGGAAAAGAUCAAGCAAAGGAUUGGCUCGUGGAAUAAAAAGUUGUUAUCUCAAGCUGUUUACCAAUCCAUUGAGAGAACCAUGAAUAGAUAUUGGUGGGGAAGUGGCAGAGAUAUGGGGAUACAUUGGAAGGCAUGGGAUAAAUUAUGCAUCCCUAAAAAAUUUGGUGGCUUGGGUUUCAAGGAGUUAAGAGCAUUUAACCUGGCUAUGCUGGGUAAGCAGGCAUGGCGUUUUCUUACGAAUCCAGGGUCUUUGGCAGCAAGAAUAUACAAAGCCCGUUAUUACCCCACCACUAGUUUUGUUGAUGCUACUGUUGGAAAUUGCCCAAGUUUUUGUUGA